UUUAAUAACAAUAUUUAUAACAUUAAUUAAGAAUAGCAAAUACAAAUACAAAUCUUAGGCAUUAAUUAUUCAUAAAGUAAGGAUUUAAUAUUUUCAUUUUUUUUUUCAGUUUUACUUUUAACUUAAUAUUGCACAAACUGAAACAAAAACAAAAAAGUAAAUCACUACAAUAGGUACGCAACACAAUAGGUAAGGAGGUACAGAUCCGUAUAAACUCGAUAAGCUCUUAGAGCCAAAUAAGAACAUUAUACAUGAUCACAAUAAUGCGUCUUUCAGUCUGUUUUUUAAAUGUUAAAGUUACUUUUAUAUUUGGAUUUAUUCCUUAUAAAAUUUAUUUUAUUAUAUAUCAUUGGAGUUAAGUAUUGCCUUGUUCUUUCACCAUAAUAAUUUCUUACAUUUUGGCAUCACAUAAUUUCCCUUCUCCACCUGAUUAGUAUGAUAGUCAUGAUUAACAAGUUUGUUUAAAUAUUUAUUUUACUUAUCUUGUUCUAGAGCAAUAAGGUAUUCGACUUUAGCAUGCACUGGUAGUAUUUUACAUAUGUAUAUCUAAUAAAUAGUUCAUCAUAAGUUGGUUUGCAUUUUAAUUUUACUUUUUUUGCUAACUAGGUAUUUGAGUAGUCUAAUCUGUAAAUUCUUUAUACAAUCCAUUUGUGUUCUAAAUGUUGAGUCCGCCAGUGCAUAAUAAAGUACAUUCAAGAUUUUUCUAUUCACGAACUUACUGAGAUGAUACAAUUUACCCAGAACUGUUUGCCAUUUAUAACAUACACUAUUUACAUGUAGUUUCCAGUUAAGUUAGUGUAGCAUUAAAUAUCUUUGUUUGUAAUAAGUAUUAGUGACUAUAAAAUUAUAACUAAUUGUAUGACAAGUACAAAAAAAGUAUUUUAAUUAAAACCCUAGAAUAUACUAAGUCAUUAUGGCAAUUGUAAUGUAGGUAGAUGGGUAAAUAAAUCAUAUGUUUGACACAAACUAACAUAGGUCUAGCAAGCAGCGCGCCUCAGCGGUCACUGCCGGUCCGCGUAGGAAUGAAAGAGAAACGAAUAGAUGUCGUGAUCGGACGACGUUUUGUUCGAUUCAUUCUGAGUUAUUUAUCAUGAAUUAUAUUAAUCCUUACAAAUAUCUCAUUUCAAUCGAUAAAUAAAAGCGGCUGUUGAAGCGCCUAGCCGUUGCUUCAUAGCAACCUUUCCGACGGCCUAAUUAGGCUCGUAAUUUUAAGGAGGCAUAUUAAUGCACGUUAUGUCGUCACUUGCUUUUCAUCAUUUGCUCUGUUAACACCGAAAUUAUAUCUCUCCGUUGUUUGAGUAUUUCUCCAGUUAUUUUAUUCCUGCAAGACCUCAUAUUCCUCUACAUGGUCCUUCGAGCCGGAUAUAUGAAGAUCAGCGGUUGAAAUUGAAGAAAGGAAUAAUUAAGGAUCGUCAAUUAGCCGGCGUGACUUGCAGGUUUUUUGCAGGACAAUUAGUUGGACUGAACUCAAGCAAUUUAAUUGCGGUGUAUUGCAUUUAUUCUAUUAAUAUCAUCACCCAACACUCAGGUAAUAUAAAUAAAACUAAAUCGUUAAGAAAUAUCACAGGUUGAAUACACUUGUCUCCCAGUAUGUCCGAGGAAAGGGAAUUAGUCAAGAAGCGAGGAAGCUUUAAAGGUCGAUUGACUGCUUUCGUUACCUUUCUGGAUUCACUCAAGGACAGAACCCUAACCAAUUGUGACAUGGCUGAGCUGCAGUUGCGCAUAGGCAAGAUGGAGUCGUUGUAUGAGCAGUAUGAUGAGGUACAGUUACGUCUGGAAUGCCUUGUCGAGGACAUUAAAUUACAAUUUUCCGAACGUUCUGAUUUUGAGUCUCUUUAUUAUAAAUCCUUGUCCAGGGCACAGAAUAUUAUCAGCGACUAUAAUAAAGAUAAUGAGUCGAUGGAAAGUUGUAAGGGUAGUCACACUAAUGUGCAUAAGCCAGUUAAGUUGCCAACAAUCCAGUUACCUAAGUUCAGCGGUUUAUAUACGAAUUGGCUAGAAUUCCGUGACACCUUUAGUAGUCUCGUUCAUUGCAAUGAUAGCAUUGACGAAAUUAAUAAAUUUCACUACUUGAGAGCAUCUCUUGAAGGGUCAGCUGCGGUAGUUAUCAAUUCUAUUGAGUUUUCUUCGAGUAAUUAUUCUGUGGCAUGGCAGUUGUUAUGUGAUCGGUUUGAUAACAGAAGAUUACUCAUACAAAAUCAUGUGUAUGCGUUAUUUAAUAUUGAAAGCAUCAUAAAGGAGUCUUCUGUUGCAUUAAAAUCUCUAAUUGAUUUAAUAAAUAAAGACUUGCGAGCAUUAGAGUCGUUAGGUGAGCCUGUUAAGCAGUGGGACACGUUAUUGAUUUAUAUUAUGACUCGCAAGCUUGAUCAAAAGACCUAUCGCGAGUGGGAAGAGUACAAAGGUAGGAUAGAUAAGGACGGCCCUAUAACGUUUGAAGAUUUCAUGAAAUUUCUGCGUAAUCGAGCUGACCUUAUUGAGACCUUAGAAUUAUCACGCAAUAAUUGUUCCCAAAUAUCUAAUAAAUCAUAUCCUAAGAUAAAAUCUAUGGUAGCUACACAGUCUCUUAAUCACAGUGUAAAUAACGACGAAAUGUCUCGCAAAGUGUGUCCUAAUUGUAACAGAGAUCAUUCGCUAAAUAAUUGUCCACAGUUUCUCGCACUCAGUAAUGACGCUCGAUUCAAACUACUGCCCACCUUUAAGAUUUGUUUUAACUGCUUUCGGUCCGGUCAUUAUGCCAAUAAAUGUAAAAAACCAGGUUGUAAACUAUGCAAGCGCAGGCAUAAUACACUAGUUCACACCGAUAAUAAAUGCACUGAGGUGAAUACAGUUAACGGUAAUUCAAAUCACUCGUCAGCAUCUUCGUCUGUAACGUCUGCUUCCACGGACACGAGUAACGUAGCAUUGUCAGCAAACAUUGCAUCAUCCCGUGAUCAUAAGCAGCGUGAUGUGUUGUUGUCCACCGCACAGGUCAAACUGCGGGACCACAAUGGCGUAGUUCACGUCGCUCGCGCGGUUCUCGAUAGCGGCAGCACAUCGUCAUUCAUCACAGACCGGUUAUGCAGACAAUUGAAAUUAGCAACAACGCAAGUAAACAAAUGCAUACUUGGUAUAAAUAAUGUUACGUCGCACGCAGGUAAAUUGAGUCGUGUAAGGAUAACAUCGAUGGACGAUAGUAUUACUUUCGACCUUAAUUGUUUUGUUUUGCCAUACAUUACAAGUAAUGUUCCGUGCCGCGAAGUUAAUUACUCGACAUUAAAUAUUCCGCUAAAUAUAACUUUAGCAGAUCCUACAUUUUGCAAGCCCGCUGAGGUAGAUAUUCUCAUCGGUGCUGAUCUCUUUUGGGAUUUGUUAGGAUCACACAGAAUAAAGCUAGGUACCGGAAAACCAGUUUUGUAUGAAACCAGUUUAGGGUGGAUAGUUUCCGGUCCAAUUAGUCAGAAUUCUAUUUCAUUGUUAUGUAGUGAUUUAAAAUGCAAUUUUUCUAAAACUGUUUCUGACAAUGAUACUGACUUGGAAAACAUUAGACCAGAUUUUUUGCGACUGGAUCGAUCGGUCUGAGUGGCCGACUCAA